AUGCAGGAAAGAUCUUCGCAGGGCGGGGCGGCCUUGAAUAAUGAUGCGAUGGAUUGGCAGCAGCAGCUAGCAAGGGACCGAAAGGUCGAUGCGGUGGUCACUCAAGUCGGCCUGGCUCUGGCUGCCAUUCACACUACGGGGGAUCUGCUUUUCAAAACGAUCGGCCGAAUUGCUGCUCACCCAGAAGUGUUACCUGAACUACGCGAAGAGAUAGAACAGGCCAUAUCAGUCCACGGGUUAAAUAAGACUGGAGUUUAUAAUAUGCAGCGUCUGGAUGCAGUCGCCUUGGCGAUUAUGAAGUGGUACGCCACCGAGGAUAUCGACUGA